AUGUCAAAGAAGUCAGCAAAGCAGGCACAAACUGGUGAUGUCGUGAUCCAAGGUUCAACAAAAGACGCUUUCGGAGUUGCUCACAUUUAUGCCACAUUCAACGACACUUUUGUCCAUGUGACCGAUAUCUCUGGUAGAGAAACGAUCAUUAGAAUUACAGGUGGUAUGAGAGUCAAAGCCGAUAAAGAUGAGAGUUCCCCAUACGCUGCUAUGACAGCCGCUCAAGACGUUGCUAAGAGAUGCAAAGAACUCGGAGUCACUUCUCUUCACAUCAAAAUCAGAGGAGAGGGUGGAGUGUACUCGAAGACCCCAGGCCCGGGAGCUCAAGCUGCUCUUAGAGCCCUUGCUCGUGCUGGUAUGAAAAUUGGAAGAAUUGAAGAUGUCACCCCAAUCCCAACCGACUGCACUAAAAGAAAGGGUGGAAGAAGAGGAAGAAGACUUUAA